AUGGCCCUCCUUCGCCUACUCCCCAGUCUACUGGCACUCCUACCUAUUGGGGCCCUCGGUCAAGCACCAAUGCGCCUCUGCACAGAUGAAACCUGUGAGAACUGCCCCAAUUCCGUUACCACUGCCGGCACAGGAUACCCAGCUUGCGUCGUAUAUGAUCGCGACACCGUGCUCGGCAGCACGGCAGGGGACUAUGAACAGGUCGAAGACUCUCGGAGGAACAUUAUCUUCGACAUUGCGGAGCAUCCCAACCCUGAUUGCAAGUUCAUUGUCCGUAGUCCCGCGGGACAGCAGGAUCCGAACUGCGGAGAGCCUCUGAUCGUUACCCGUGGAGGAAGAUGCUUCAAGCCGUCCAGGGCCAUAGACCCCACGUUCAUGGUCCAAUUCUGUUGUGGUAGCGGCGACUGCGCGGUAUCUGGCGUCAAGCGUGGUCUCAAUACCGUUUCCAGUGUAGUCCUCCGGGAUGGCUCAGGCAACGUCGUUGUCCCGCUAGGCGUCGGCAGCGAGUCUGGUGACAUGAUGGAUGUCUUCAUGGAAGAUCUGGGCCUCAACUCUUCAUCAGUAGUCGAGUCGACUUCAACUUCCGGAAUGCGAGUGUUCAAGAUUGGACAAAACCUGGCGAAGCGCGACUGUGACUCCUUCACGCCAUCAGGCGACACUUACACCAAGGCUGAUAGCGUUUCCUCCAAGAUUGGCGCUAGAAUCUGCGGCGAUGGCACAAUGCAAGAGGUCACCAACGAAAUGAGUGUCUCCAGAUCAACAACCUUUGGAGCAUCUGUAGGUGAUCCAUUUGGAAUCGUAUCGGCAUCAACGGAGUUCACGACCGAGGAGUCGGCUUCGCAGUCCUAUACGUAUGUCUUCACACCACCAGAAGGCCAAUGCGGCAAUGUGGCGUUCACUGCGACAUUGAACUGUCUAGGCGGAACGAUUACCGGGUGCGAAGGCGGAGACCAGACCGGAGAGGUGUGCACUGCGAGAAGGAUCAGCGAAGAUCAGGUCGACGGGACCUACUCCUUCGUUAUUACCGACUAG